AUGCAAGGUGUGCGAAUAUAUGCUAUGUUUAUCUUGCACGAGGUUCAAACAGUUAAUACACCUGCCGGUUAUGUUGCAGUGGGUGCCACUAUUACAAUCACUUGGACAUACACCCCACAAGAGAAUCCGAUUCCAGGCACUUUAAGAGUUAUCGGAAACACAACUAAUCAAAUAGUCAUAAUUAGCUCUAAUAUAAACCUCUCUGCUCAAUCUUACCAGUGGACAAUCAAUGUUCCCCCGAGCACUUAUUACUUUGCUCUCAACGACGGGUCUGGUGAUAAGUAUUCUGGAACUUUCGCUGUCGUUCAAUUAGGACCUGUCGCACCUAACCCCUCAACUACUCAAGAUUUAUUUAGUGCAAGUGCUCAACCAACUACUCACUCACCAGCUAACACAGAUGAAGUUGUGCCCUCUACCCCUAAUCCAACUACUACAGCUAAUAUUAAUCAAACUACUAUAGUAUAUUCAUCUGAUAUUGGAACGUAUAUUGGUAUUGCUAUAGGUGGUAUUGUAGUCGAUUCAAAAUUUAUUCCAACACCUGGCAAUGUUGAUCAUAUGGAUUCAAAAUUUAUUCCGAUGCCUGGCAACGUUUUAUCAUAA